AUGGAAGCCUGUCCUCUGCAGCUGCCCCAAAGGCUGCUCCUGCCGGGGGCAACUGCCCUGACUGCAUCUGCUCUGCACACAGCCUACCUGGUGGACCUGUGCGGCCGGACGUGGCAGGCGGACGGGCUGCUGCUACGCUCGCACUCCGCGUCGCGCCGCUUCUACUUCGUGGCCCCGGACACCGACAGCAGGCUCUGGAUGCGGGCGGCGACCCCCGGCGACAGGAUCCGCUUCCAGUUCCGCUUCUUCCUGGUCUACAGCCUGACCCCGGCGGCGCCCAACACCUCCUCCCCGGCGCCGGCGCCGGAGGACCCCUGCGCACCCGGGUCCUACCUGCAGUUCUACGAGGGCCCACCGGGGGCGCCAUGGCCCUUGGGAGCCCGGUUCUGCGGCCUGACCAUCGCUGGGCCGGUGGCGUCCUCCGGGGACUUCCUGGGCCUGCGCCUGGUCACCAGAGGCCGCCAGCCCCGCGUGGACUUUGUAGGCGAAGUCUCCUCUUUCCUGUUGGGAUGCUGUUGUGCCUACUUCCGAUGUCAGAACAGCCGGUGCGUCCCCCCGAGGCUGGUGUGCGAUCCCUGGGCAGACAACUGUGGCGAUGGCAGUGACCAGGCUUCUUGGCCAACAGCUAACUGCAGAGAGCUGUUAUUUGCCACUGCCGGUCCCUCUCCGGUGCCCAGCCAGGAAGGGAGUACGGAUGAUGGUACCUCCGGGCCCCUGACUCUUCCCCCAGCUCUCGGGUCUGCGGGCCCCCUGGGGAUGGCAGCUGAGAGGAGCCCCCCAGCACGCCGGGACCCUGCACGACAGGAUGCCGCUCCGGAAGGCAGAUGGCUCUUGGUUAUCGCCUGCUGCCGCUCCUUCCGCCGAGAUCACACUUGUCCCUCUCCAGUGAUGGGUGGGGGCAGCUGGCCCAGGCUGAGGCCUGAGUGCUCUUUCUUUCUACAGGCCUCCAGCCGCGGGGGUGGCGCUGGCCUCCUCGUGGGCCUCCUCUGGAGCUGCUGCUCCUCCAGCCGGCUGGCUUGGGGGGCUGGUGGUGUGCACCAUCUGUUACACACGUCCUGGCCAGGUGGCCCCUGGGGGCCUGCGGCUGAGUGAGCCAGGUCA